AUGACUAGUUUUCGGUUUGAAACGUUCUACUUGUUUGAAGAGUUCCAGAGAAGUAAUUUCAGCAACUCAAACGUGGCCAAGCCCGUGUCCGAUGCUCUUCUGCAACAGAGUAAUUACGGAGGCCGCUCAUACUAUAACACUAGAUUGUGUUACCACAAAGAUAAGGUUUUGGCUAUCACCGAGGUACAGUUUCAGACAACGAGUAUUGCCGAGAUAGAAAUCACAGAAGACGACUUUGAAAGGUUCGAGGUGGUGGAAGCCGAAGAUAAACCUGAAAAAGAUACCGAACUUGGCCUUGAGUGGGCAGUGGUGCUGCUGCUGGCCCAUGGUCCUCCAAGAGCAUGUCUAGUGGCACAGUACCAUGGACAAGAGUACGACUUCAAAGGGGAAAUCUUUGAGUUGGCCUAUACCCUCGAUACUGUAGCAGAAGUUGCCAAAACCGAAUGGGUGGAGGAUCUUGGGAAGCUCCACUAUGAGUACAUUCAGCCCCACUGGUUUACCCAAGAAUAUCGAGAGCAUACGGUUCUUCCUGGGUUGAGGGUUCCAGAUAUUCUCAACAUCUCUUUUGACUACAACGCCAAGGACCCUGGGUUUGCUCUCUCCCGUGUGGUGGUACAGCUCUUGGAGCUUACUUGUUUCUUGCCAACAUUGCCGUUUGCAAAAUCGACAAAAACUCUUCAUAUUAGCACAUUGCUGGAUAAGAAAUGCUGGGAGAUGUUGGAGACUGGUAGACGGUCUACCUUGAGCAUUCCAAAUAAUCUUUAUGAGUGUUGUAUUCCAGAUAUUGAACCCACAUAUUAUUGCAAGCGGUUCACAAGAAACUAUGCCAUUAAAAUUAAGGUGGAAGUUAGUGAUAAGACUGUGAAACGGUUUGCGGAAACUGUGAUGAGCGUUUAUGUUGCAAAGGGAGGUCUAGGCAUGAUAAGAAAGCCAGUUCACUCUACUGCCGGGCACUGUCUGGAAAGAAAACUUUAUUUGGAGGUCUUGGAAGCGCCUUUAAUUCCAUUGGAUUUUGAUAAGCACUUACUUGUGCAAAGGCAGCAAACUGCCGUUGUGCGGACCGAUGAGGCGUCUAUUGCAAUCAGUUUGAAGGAGUUCGGAACCGGUUUGACAGAAUCAAAAAGCGUCUUCAAAUCAAAAUAUGAUGUCAAGUCACAUCAAUUGUAUUUGAAGUAUAAGUUGUUCAGCAUGGCUGACAAAAUAGAAGAAGGCAAGGUAUAUGUCUGGGCACAGCCAGUGGUAUGUUUCAAAGGCCGCUUUGCGUUGCCCACUUUACCGUUUGAAAUCGGUCAUGUACUGCUGAUUUUCAAGCAUAUGCUGUCGGUUCAAGACACCAGCUCGUCCAGAAUAAGACUUUCCGUUUCCAAGCUGUGGAUGCCAUCUCUUUUACCAGCCAUAGUUGUCAGCAGAGGAAUGAAGCUUUCUCAUUUCUUAAAAUUGAAGCUUGUGUUUGAGUCCUGGGACCCUAAUGAGACCAUUACUUUAAUAUCAUCGAGGAUCGAGUGGCUUUACCAUCACAGCGGUGGCAAUGAAGAAGAUUCCUUGACAAAGACAUUACGUGGAAGAAAGUACUUGCAUCUUUGUCAAAACGGUAACGAAGAUUUCAUAGAACUUCCCUGCAAGUGGUAUAAUUGCACAGUUCCAAAGGACCUUUUGGCAACCUAUUAUUCCAAUACUUCCAGCCGAGACGUCUCCGUCCGUAUUUCAUUGGAGAUCAAAGGAAAACAAGAAGAGAUAGCAAAGGUCCUGGUAACUGUGCCGCUCAAGAUAUGUGAUGAAAGCUUUGAGGUGAGUACAACUGGUAGUUAUGUACCACCUUCGUAUGCGUUGUGUUUGACCAGGGAUGAGGUGAAACCGGACCCGAGGCCGUGA